AUGGUUGAUUUGGUUCAGACAAGGGACACUGCAGGAGAAGCUCGUGACUCCCUCUACGCAGCGCCUGCGGCGUUAAAUGUGUGUGUCAGUGGCAAUCACCUGGAUUUUGGGGAUUUUAGACCUCAUUCUUCGAAGCUUCUUGUCAUAAAGAAGAUCCAGAAAAUGGAUGAAACAAUUGCCAAAUCCAAACGAUGCUCUAUCAAUUGCAGUAAUGUUGACAGAAAGCUAAGGCAGAUUCUUGAUCUGGCUGAGCAUGAAGCUCAUUUCCAUAUGAAGCAGAGUGCAUUUCUCUAUAAUCUUGGUGUGCAGACUAUGCCCAAAAGUCUGCAUUGCUUGUUUAUGAGAUUGACUGUGGAAUGGUUCAGUUCUUCUUCAAGAGAUAGAGGAUUACUUGCUCCAAAAGUAAGAAACCCAAGCUUUAGACAUUAUGUGAUUUUCACUAGGAAUGUCCUUGCAGCAUCAGUUACUGUCAAUUCAACGGUGAUGAAUUCGAAGGAAACAGAAAAUAUGGUUUUCCAUUUGAUAACUGAUAAGCAGAACUACUAUGCCAUGAAAUAUUGGUUUACAAGAUAUUCUUUCAAGGAAGCAUUUAUUCAUAUUAUAAAUAUUGAUAAAAAGGUUCACCUGCAUGGUUUAGCUUUUCCUCAACUAUCUCUCUCCCAGGAGUUCCGGAUUACCAUGCAAAACAAGAAUAAAUCCUCAACUGAACAGAUGAAAACUGAGUACCUGUCGGUUUUUGGACACUCUCACUUUCUUCUUCCUGAAAUUUUCAAGAAUCUGAAGAAGGUGGUGGUUUUGGAUGAUGAGCAGGACCUUUCUUCCUUGUGGAACAUGGAUAUGGGAGGAAAAGUUGUUGGUGCAGUAGAGUCCUGUGGAGUGACAUUGUAUCAGCUAAAAUCUUACUUGCCCACAAGGAGCUAUGAUCCUGAUUCCUGUGUCUGGAUGUCUGGAUUGAAUGUGGUAGAUCUGGAAAAGUGGAAAGAGCAUAACAUUGCUGGUAUCUACAAUAAGGUCAUGUCAAAGGUGAAAAGCAGGAGUGAAGCAUCGUGGGGAGCUUCAGCUCUUCCUGCAAGCUUAUUGGCAUUUCAAAAUCGGGUUCACCCACUGGACAGUUCAUGGACUCUAUCUGGGCUUGGUUACAAUUAUCGAAUCAGUGCUGCUGAUGUGAGAUCUGCAGCCACGCUACACUACAAUGGAAAUAUGAAACCAUGGCUUGAACUCGGUAUAACAACUUAUAAAAGACACUGGAAGAAAUAUCUUAAGCAGGGUGACCGCUUCAUGAAUGGUUGUAAUGUAAACCUGUAGUAUCUGAGUGUAAAAUUUCAGGUCCCACAACUUAAUUUUUUUUUA